AUGUCGCUCGCAUUUAUACGACCAUUUUCGUCGUCUGUAAUUGCACAAAAAGUGGGAUGUGCUAUGGUGAAGCCUGUUCACCAUACUAUAAAGAUUGAGAAGAGGUUAUUAUCGCCACGUUUCCCGGAUUUAAAGCUGGAUCCAAGUGAUAUUCGUUCUCCUAAGUUUAGGCCUAGGUUAACUCAGCAAGACAGAGUUUUGGACCAUUAUUACAACACCUUGGAGUCAGAUUUGCUUUUAAUUCAAUACAGACAUGAUCAGAUUGAUGUGGAAGGAAACAAGAGGAGGAAGUGGGAUAUGUCCUCCCCAUAUCAUUUGAACAGACCUUUAAGAAAGCCUCGUGGUCAGGUCGUGCCAUCACCAACAAUCAAAACCCGGACAUGGAAAAAUAUUCCACGGCUUGAAAAUAUUACCAUUAACUGUUUUGUGAAGGAAGCCAAGAUAAAGCCUGAGUUGGCAAUUGCCGCUACCUUACAACUCCAGCAGAUUACAGGGUGCAAACCAAGUCCAGUCUAUGCAAAAGCAAACGUUCCUACAUGGAAGCUUAGACCUGGCAUGCGUAUGGGUGCAAGGGUGUCUUUGUCAGGAAGUGAUGCAUCCCAGUUUCUCACAACUUUGACAGAGAUCGUUCUUCCUAGAAUUCGAGAGUUUAGGGGAAUCUCCAACAGGUCAGGUGACAGAUACGGUAAUAUUGCCUUUGGUUUGAGACCAGAGGACAUUAAGGUUUUCCCAGAAAUUGAAAAUAACCAGGAUUCGUGGCCAAAGACUUUUGGUAUGGAUAUUACAUUGCAUACCAGUGCACAGACUGAUGUCGAUGCUCGUAUUCUACUAAGUGGGCUUGGAUUCCCAUUCACCGGAGGCGAAAGGGUGCCGAAAACGUUAUUGAAUGAUUUGAAGAUUGAAGAUGAAAACGUGAAUGAUGUUGUUACGAAGAAUUCUGAGACAAGAGCAGAAGCCUGA